AUGAAAAAGAGGGAGUGUGAGGAAGUGCCCCUCCGUGUUCUGCUUUCACCAUCAGAGCUCUCAAGGGCCAACUGUGCAGCCUUGGGUGGGCGUCAGGGCAGCACCAGAGGAGCAGGGAGCGGCAAUGUGGGCACAGCUGGGAGCGGCCGCCUGCUCAGCUCUGCUCAUUUCCCAACGUCCCUAACGCCACCGCCGCUGCGGCUCCGCCGAGCUCUGCGGGGCGCCGGGAGCGCAGCUCUGCCUCGGCAUCGCCGGGUGCCGGCCGGGGAGGGAGCCGGGCUGCGCUCACAGCACAGCACCCCGGGAAGGCGGGUUCCCACGGCAGCCCAGCUGGACCAAGCGCUGUCUCUUUCAUAUGGCUGGAGGGACAGCAUUUUGGGCCGCGCUGCAGCGGCCCGUACAGCGUCGGGGAACUCCGCAAACCCGCGCUCGGGGCGGUGGAAGGUCGACCUCACGCGCACCUUCACCUUCCGUAACUCCAAGCAGACAUACACAGGAAUUCCCAUUAUAGUGGCAAACAUGGACACUGUGGGGACAUUUGAAAUGGCUGUGGUUAUGGCAAAACAUGCAAUGUUCACUGCAAUUCACAAGCAUUAUUCUCUGGAAGAAUGGAAACUGUUUGCUGCCAAUCACCCAGAAUGCCUUGAGCAUGUAGCAGCAAGCUCAGGUAGUGGACAAGAUGAUUUGAAAAAGUUAACAAGUAUUCUAGAGGCCAUUCCAGCUAUCAAAUACAUCUGCCUGGAUGUGGCAAACGGCUAUUCAGAGUAUUUUGUGGAGUUUGUGAAGUCCGUCCGUGCCCUGUUCCCACAUCACACCAUUAUGGCAGGCAAUGUGGUGACAGGAGAGAUGGUAGAAGAACUUAUUAUUUCUGGAGCAGAUAUUAUUAAAGUGGGUAUUGGACCAGGUUCUGUGUGUACCACUCGGAUUAAGACAGGGGUAGGCUAUCCACAGCUAAGUGCUGUUAUUGAGUGUGCAGAUUCAGCACAUGGCUUGAAAGGACAUAUCAUCUCUGAUGGAGGAUGCAACUGCCCAGGAGAUGUCGCCAAAGCGUUUGGAGCCGGUGCUGACUUUGUCAUGAUUGGAGGAAUGUUUGCAGGCCAUGACCAGAGUGCUGGAGACAUUAUAGAAAGGAAUGGCAAGAAGAUGAAACUAUUCUAUGGAAUGAGCUCUGAUACAGCCAUGAAGAAACAUGCAGGAGGGGUUGCUGAAUACAGGGCUUCAGAGGGCAAGACUGUGGAGGUGCCAUACAAAGGGGAUGUGGAACACACCAUCCUGGACAUCCUCGGGGGGCUGCGCUCCACCUGCACCUACGUGGGAGCUGCCAAACUCAAGGAACUGAGCAAGAGAACGACGUUUAUCCGGGUCACCCAGCAGCACAACGAGGUCUUCUCCUAGCCUAGGCCUGGGGGGCUGGAGAGAGGGGUGGGGGAGAAGAGCAGGAAGGGCUGCUCUUUUCCUUUGCUUUCUCUUCCGUGUUGUGUUAGUGGCAAACUUCCCUCUUUCUCUCUCAGAAUGGCAGUGUCAUAGGCAUUGGCUGUGGCUGGGAUUUGGAAGGGGAAAGUCGUGCUAUUAACACAGUGCCAUUGAUUCAAAAUGCAAUAGCCUCAUCUUUUAUUGUUGUGCCUAUUUUAUUUUUUAAUCAACAUUUCUUCACCUGGUUUUUUCCCCCUCUGAUAAAUAGCUGCUGAAACCUCAGUUAACGAGGAAUUGGCUUGUACAGACAUGGCUGUUACCGCCUGCACACAUUCACACAUUCCCUUUUUUAAGACUGACCUGUCAGCUACCACCACUUUCUGGCAGUGCACCUUUCAGAAAUUGCAGGCUGGAAGAGAAAAAGAUGCAAGGAAUUGCAUGGAGAAAUAAAAAAUCAAGUUCUCUUUAUCUUUUUUCUGGCUAAAGAAUGAAUGUUAUGGCACAACUGCCAGCCUGCAAAAUGUCAGAGGUGGAUGGUAGAUGAGGCCUGGCUGCUGGUGACAUGUGAUGCUAAAAAUGCCAAAUCUCUGUCACUUUCAGUUCACAGGGCUGAUGUUGCUGUUCUUACUUAAACCUCCCUAUUCAAUGGACUUGCCCUUUCAGAGAAGCUGGCACUGAAUGUAGCAAAACCGUGCUGGCCCCCCUGCCCCCAUCUGGGGAGAUCAUUCAGAAGCUUUUCAGAGCUUGCCUGCUUUAUCAUGAGUGCAGUUAUGGAAUUACCUGGGUUCCUGUUUUACCUGCUCUCUGGGAACAGGUUUUUAAGACAUUGAAACUCAGCAGCUGUAACUCUGACAAGGGGGAAUGAUUCUUGCAGUCCUCCCUGUUUCCUUGCCUGCUCACAUCCAUUUAGCAAAAAUGUAAAAAUGCUGUGCCGUGCAUUCUCUGUGGCCAGGUGGAGGAGACCAGAGGGAUCAAAUUGCCUUCUGGGUUUGUGGUACCACUCCUUUGCAGUCCUUGACAUCAUGUAAAGCGAGAUGGAGCUUUUGGCAGAACAGCCUGGUUGAUUGCAAGACACUGUCAGGCUGAGAUGGAGUUAAAGCAUUUGCUCUGAAGGCAGUAAUGAAUGUUUGAGACUCUGGGUAACACUUCAGUAAAGUGUAAUGGCCUGAUAAUUAAUUGAUAAAUCACAAUGAAAAUUUCUUUGGAAAUACGCAUUGCAUCCACAACUACCACAGUAGCUCAAUAUGAUAAAUGAUGUAAAAGUGAGCACCAAUGAAUUAAUAAUGUUUGGCCACUUAUUUCAAACUGCUGCUGAGAUCAUAAUGCAGCCGGUGUUACCUCAGUAUUCAGAACUUUACUUUUCCCUCCUGUAGACUUCUGUGGAAAGAGGCAGGCUUCCUUUGAAAAGCAAAAAAGUGAUCUGUAGGAAAAGGAGUAGCAAAGAGAAACUCUAAAAUUCGUACGCUGGACUGCUUAAAAAGCCAGUCACAAGGACUGGUACAAUUGACCACGCUGAGAAGCAAAUCCAGGCCACAAGCUGAUCCCUGGUGAUUUUUAAGUGUGUUGUGCACAUUAGAAACAGCACAGGAUAUCUUUUAAAUUGCCUGGCAUUUUAAAUGUCUUCCAUUUAACGUGUAGGACAUACUUCUUAAUUGUGGGAUGACCCCUUCCUCUGCUUUGGAAGUGGAUGAGGGCCUUGAUGUGAGCACAGGUUAUGCUUGUGCUGGCUGCAAGGACCAUUUGUCCUGCCCACAUAUCAUAAAGGAAUGUGAAUGCAGCAGAGAAGCAGGGCCUGGGAAUCCAGGCCCUGAUCUCUGUUCCCUCCAACCUGGAAGCAUCACGUGAAGAGAGUGCCAGGCUUCUUCACCACAGAAUGACGCCGUGGGCCACCCACUGCUCUCAGCUGCACUAGCCCAGAGCAGAGGCAGUGAGACCUCUCUGCAUCAGUACAGCUGUGGCACAGCACUGGUCCUCUCUUUAUGUGACUGAGGGGGAAGCAAAUGGACACCUCUGUCAGGAGUGGGGUCAGACCAUCACAGCCCAGUCCUGACCACAGGUGUGUCUCCACACUGGUGCCUUCACGCGUGGGAAGUGCAGCCCUCUGCUGGUCUCAUGCUCACUCUCACUAGAGCUUUUCUUACUUUUUUUAGCUACAUUUCUAAGUGGAAUUUAAGAAAUACAUAUGCAUAUAAAAAAAAUAUAUAUAUUUGUAAACAUUUUUUUAAAAGAUCAUGCACACACCAAACUGAGCAGCUUCAUGAUGGCCUCAGAGCAGUUUCUUUUCCAAAGGGCAGAUGCUGGGGACAAGGGAAGGCUGCCUCUCCACAAGUGUGGCAAAUGGGGCUAUUCUUACACCUGCUUUCCUUCCCCUCUUGUACAUACCUCUGAUCAGUGACUAAUUGGAGAGGGACACACUAUUCUUAAGCUGUCCCCAAGUUCUUCAGGCUGUGAAUGACAUUGAUGCCAUGGAUGGUGACUGAUAAAGUUUUGAUGUUAGGUAUUUGGUUUUCUGCAUAGCAGUUCUUACCAUUGUUUUGAUAAACAGCAUGUUUUCUUUCAUUUUCUCCUCUCUAGAAGUGAGCAGGAGAGAGAAAUGAGAUGCAGAAAGGUUGAACUGGUGGCGUGUCUGCAUCUCACCCACUUAUAUGUGAAUUUUGUUCAGGAAUAACCCUCAGCUAUGUCAGUGCUCACCAUUGACACUGUACAUGUGCUGCUCUGAGACAGGCUGGAAAAUACAAAAAAAAAAAUUUAAAAAGGAAGCACUUGAGUCCCCCUUUAACACCUAUUCCUGUGCUGCAGUCGUUUCCAUGAUCUUUCCUUAGCUCCAGCUCCUGUACCCUGCUCAAGCCUGCUGCUACUCCCACAAGGAAUGAGCCAGAGAGAGCCAGGAACACACUUUGUCUGGCAGAAUGGUCCAAGACAAGACCACAACCACUGACAAAUGCCAUGUGCCAUUUGUGGAUCUACCUCACCUGCACAUCUAACUGGGUUCUUUGUUAUUUGGUGUCCUUUUGUGGGAAAUUUGUAAGUGCUUAAUGUUGAGUGAUUCUGCAUAAUCAGGUCUUCUCUAGCUCUACAUCCCCACCCCAUCCUGUCCACAGGAAUGCUGUGAGUGUUACAGCCUGUACUGCAGGCCAGGGUCAUGCCUGCUUCCCCCAGUCAGGCAAUUGUUGAGCUCCCAAGAGCAGUGUUGAGGUUCCCACUGGCUCCAGAAGGGUGCAGUUUAACAUACCAAAGACCUACAAGUGGGGAUGCUGAAAAGGGCAACAUUACAUCAUUAAGCAAUCCCUGCUGAGCAUAUCUGUCUGUGGCACCUUGAAACAUAAGGACACCUCUAACACCCCUGGCUCUCCCAGUCCUGCUGUGGGGUUGCCUUGCUGCAGCACAUUUUGCAGGGUGGGCUUCUGCCCACAGAGCCUGGCUACUGGAACUCCUUGGGAUGGAAGGGCUUGGCACCCGAGUGGCCUUGCUCACUCCCCAGUGACUGUGUGGUGGCUCCAAGGAGUGCAUUGUGCACGAGGACACCUCCUUGUUGUAGGUGUGAGCAGUUGCUAAAGGGGUGGUCCUUGAGCCAGCAUCCUGACAGAUGCAAAACAAGCCACACACAGAACACAUCCCAUCUGCUCAUUGGAACAGCCAGUCCCAUCGGCCCUGGGGCAGGGGCUUCAGCUGUGCUUUGGUGCAGCUUUCUUCUCCCUUAGGGCAUGGUGGGGUUGAAUGUAGGAUGGGGACAUCCUGUAAAUACGGAGAGUUGUAAGCAGGAUCAGAAAAAGCCUCUGUUUGCCUUUGGGGGAGCUUUUCCUAUAUAAAAUGUGCCUGUCUCUUUCAGCUAGUCAAUAGCAGGGGUAGAAAGAACGGAGAUGAGGAAGAAACUGGCAGCUGUUGGCCAAGCCCCACUGUGUUAGGACAGGUGCUUUCAGUCAAGGACAUGAUGAGAGUUUGAAGCUCUUCUGAACCAAGCACUCCCUACUUUAUACCUAUUGAACUCCACUCUUGUGACAGACUUGUUGCUGCAGCUUUUUGCCGCUGUAUGUCCAGUGUCUAUCCAUCACCAUCUCUCAUCCCCCACCGGGGGAUAGUGCUGCUUAGCUGCUAAUACCAGUUUUAUACCAAAAAUUCUUUGGAGCCAGGAGGGCUUUUGCAACCAGUGCCAGGUUUGGCCUUGUGUAAAAGAGAUGGGGGGGGGGGGAAAAAGCCAAGGCUCAGGAACAGCAGUUUGCCCUCCGCAGCAGCCAGGGCCAGCAGGUGGGAGAGGGCCAGCCCUUCCCUGUGGGCUGGGAGCUGCCAGGGGCAGAGGGGUUGAAGCUUGUCUCGAGUAGAUGCUGGCACAGCUCUGCACUCAGGACAGACCACCCCCUGCAGCCUUAGCUUCAUUUGUGGUCACCCAGAUGCUUAAGCGAGCCUUCCCCAACAUUUAUUUGACCCAGUGUUUGCUGGCUAAAGUUUCCAUACAUAACUCAGCAGUCUGGAGUCCAGAAUUCCCUAGUGUUGCCUGUGAUAACUGUGAAACGCUUCUGUGUCAUUGGCCAAAAAGCUGAUGGGCUUUCAGUGUUUUGCUGCCCUGCUUGAGCCUGCUGAGAUGGUGAUGAGAGCACUGCCCUCCUUCCCUCUGCUGUGGCAUCCCUGUGUGCGCGGCCCAAGCGUCCCAACUGCUCCCAAGUUUUUGUUUUUGUUAUGCAAUAAAGAACUUCACCCUGACAGGCUGCAGAGCGUUUUAUGGCCGUGGGUGGGAGGCUGCGGCGCCUUUUGGCAUCGUCACAAAUGCUGGGUGGGGCUGGGGGAGGAUGGGGCAGGGAAUUAAAUUGGAAAAAUUAUGUCCCUAGGAAAUCUCUGUCCCCUUUAGUCAUAAAAGACACAACAUGCAUUUGCAAUUGGCACUGUUAUUUUAUUAGUACGAGUAUACUGAAACAAUAAACUUGUACUGGUAUACAGACAAUUUCUUUAAAACAAUUUUGUUCAAAUUUUGAAUCAAACAUUGUUUUAUUAUAAUAAUGAAAUAAUUUCUACCUAGAAAACCUGCAAGCACCAUCAAAGAAAGGGACCAUAAAAUUCAAUAAACAGACGCGAGUGUAUCCUACAAAUAGACACACCACCAUUAGAAAAUAGAAUAUGAAUUCUUCCAUUUUUUUUAAUAUUUGUUUUAAAAAAGCUAGUGCAAGUACAAUAUUUUACACUGGAAUUACAGAGAGUAUGCACGCAUAUGGAAAAAAGUUCUCCUGUCACAAUAAAAGCUCUUAACUAUGUCUGUAUGCACUUAAAAUCUUCUCCUCUUUUCAAUAAGGUGCAAAACGUUAUUCCCUCCCUAUUUUCUCCUUUGUACUGGCCAUGUCAGCUCAAUUUCUCCCCAACACAAAGCUGCAAUAUCCCUUUUGCUGGGCCUACACUAGGAACUACACUGGAAGUGUGAUUUGCAACAACCCUCAUUAGUAAUACCAGACAAUUUAAAAAAAAAAAAUUACUUUAAAAACUACUGAUGUCGAAUGGCUGGACCUGACCCCGGCUUGGCCAAGCGCCGCUGCCAGCUGCUGCCGGGAGCGGUGACAUAGCUAGUACAAAAUGGAUUUCAGUAGCUCACCCAAACUGAAAAAGGUUGGGAAAUUCCCCCACCCCCCCACUUUUGUAACACUGCGAAAAGAACAGUGUUCAACAAGUUAAUAUAUUAUUAAAAAAAAAAAAAAGGAGCAAAUACAUACAUAAGUGAGUUUCAACAUUAGCUGACUGUCGUGAAGAGUUGCAUCUAUGCCUUACCAGAUUAGUAACUUUGCGAAGCGCCCGGCCUGACAGCCAGGCUGCAGACACAGACCGAGCCACCUGCAGCCACCCCCGGCCCGUUUUUGCCCUCAGCUGCCCAGAUCCAAACCCAAUGGACUGGAACAAGAAUUUUGCAGAGCUUGUUCCAUGGGACAGUACCUGGGUCCUGGACUUUUAAAGCAAAUGCCAGGGUGGAAUCCCCUCACCAGCGGGUGUGACAGGGCAGACCUGCCCUGCCCAUGGAGCCAGUGGCCCCACCCUGGCUCCAUCCUGGCUGAGGAUCUGGGCCCUGAAGUUCUGCCCAUCACCCAUCCUGUAGUACAGCAAGGACAGCUUCAACUAGUGACUCUGCUCACUGCAAACAACACUUCCAAUGCACACCUACUGCGUGGUCGAGGGAAAGGGCACAGGAGCUUUAACUGCUCAAAAUAGAAACUAACAAAAUAGAAACAACCUUGGAUGAAGCCUCCAUAAAAUCCUCAGUGGAAGACUUGCGUCCUUUCAGCUAACAAGAAAAAACCUACAGAAACCUUAGAGACUGUUAUUGUAUAAAUACUACCUGUUGGCUGAAUGCACUUCACCGUAACACAACUGGGGCUGGUUUCCGAGCGCCCGGAGGUCACUUGCACAGGGCGAGGGUUCCCACCCCGUGUGCCUGUGGGAACCAAAACUUGGGUCACCUCUGGGGAAGGGGAUGGGAACAGCCUGACACUUUGCCCUCUCAACUCUGCCACCAGCUCCCAGCUGCCCAGCUCCAUCUUUGGACAGGAAGAGGAUCCUCUCCUUUUGGCUUCUGAAAAACACCAGUCUUGCCAUUGGUCAAGACCAUCACUGGAACCGUGCUCUGUGAGACCAGCUGCUCCCGGCACUCUGGUGGCAGCGGUGGGGGAGAGGGGCAGUGACAGGGGCUGGAGGGCUGGGUCGCCUUGGGUACCAUUCUGCCGCUAGUGCUGGGCAAGGAUUCCUUGUUACAAGCACUUCUAGCUCAGGGUUGUACUCUUUGGAUUUCGUCUGGAACAGGAAGUGCUGAAAAAACGUGGAACAGCAUCCCCAGAGAGAAAAAAAAUGGGACCAAAAGGCCUCGGGCAGAAACCACGCAGGUUGUGCUCAGGCGGCAGCAGCUCUCACCCGAGGGCUGCCAGCACCAGCAGGGUCCCCACGCUCGGGCCAGCCCGGCCACGCCUGCCCAGGGCACAGCCCAGACCUCCCUCAAACCAGCCCUGUCCUCUGGGCUGCCAGGGCCUUCCCUCAGCGCCAGCAGAAGAGACUUAAAGCCAAAACACAACUGGAGAGUGAUACUAGUUUUGCACAGUAGCCACCCUUUGAAGUGCCCGGUAGCUGCACUCAGGAAUUGCUGCUCCAAGGUGUAUUUUCAGCACAGGAAUAAACAGUGUGACUCCAUUCCCCAGAAAUGGGACCCAUGUAAUACGAACAGAAAAUUAAGCACAGUUGUUCUUUAAGAGCCUUUUAAGUAAUAAUUCUUCCUGGCCAGAGCCAAUACAAAUCAGAUCAUCUAGACAUGACAUUUUCUAUAUACAAAAAACAUGUAACUUUCAACCUUUCUCUGCUUUUGUAUUUAAAAACUUUUUUUUUACAAACAAGGUAUGAAACUCACUGUUCAAACAGAGCCAUCUCUUUUUCAAACACUGAAUGAAUCAUUCCAACAUUCAUUUUUCUUUUGUGCAAUUUUUUAAAACAUUACCUGUACUCCUCAAUGUGAGUGCUUCAAAAAAAGUUUCUAUUUUUAAUAAGCUUCUCAAAUUAGGUUUACAUCAAAAAAUAUUCCCACAAGGUAUAGUGCUACAAGAAAAGAUCCUAUCAGUAAAGGUAACACAUCUGAAGCGAGGUCGUCUAUGUAAAAGAAAUUGAACUCUGGAGUAGAGGUGUGCAAUGCGUUUGGAAUUUCCCUAUGGGCACAAAGCAAGGCUGUCCUCAGGACAGGGAAUCAAGUGGACAUGUAGGCAUACACGUAAAAAAAAUGCACACGUAACUUCUUUGUGUGCAAACAGACACUCUUGCCUGGGUGUGUGUGUGCACAUAUGCAUAUCUAUCUGCAUCAACAAAUUCUCAUUUUGCUAUGUAUUACAGGAUUUGGGGAAGUGGGAGGGUUGGAAAAAGCAGAGAAAUUACUGCCUCCACUCUGAUGGUAUGUUCAUUCCCCUUGCUUUUCACAUCAGCACUGGUCAGAGCUCACAAUGGACUCUGCUGCUACCUGUGAUGAUGGGGAAGAAAGAAAUGGAAACUAUGAGUGCAUAUCCCAUUCUGCCUUUGGUCAAGUUUCUGGGACAGAAGUGUUUCAAUGGGCCAAAUCCCUGCCACCUGCCCAAGGCUUCUGCCCUGGUGAACCCCGACAUUUUUCCAGCUGCUCAUUUAAGGUCAGGAUCUGG